GGAAAAAGCAAGAAAAAACGGAAGAGCUGAAAAAGCAGAGAGAGUGAUGAAAAGAACAGCUUCGUUGUCACUUGUCAUUCUAUAAAUCGCAUCCCCAUUGACAACCUUUCACUUCCAUCAAAACUCUCUCUCUAUAUCUCUCUCUCUAUAUAUCUCUCUCUAUAUCUCUCUCUCUCUUCACUCUCUCUUUCUUUCAAAAUGGAAAAACUCAUGGUUCCGACAUGGAGACCCGACCCGGUUUACCGUCCACCGGAAACACCACUCGAACCGAUGGAGUUUUUAGCUCGUUCAUGGAGCGUCUCUGCUCUCGAAGUCUCCAAGGCUCUAACACCACCCAACCCUCAGAUUCUCCUCUCCAAAACCGAAGAAGAAGAAGAAGAAGAACCCAUCUCCUCUGUCGUAGACGGCGACGGCGACACGGAAGACACCGGACUUGUCACCGGAAACCCAUUCUCCUUCGCUUGUUCAGAAACUUCUCAAAUGGUCAUGGAUCGUAUCUUGUCUCACUCUCAAGAAGUAUCACCAAGAACAUCUGGUCGGCUAUCUCACAGUAGUGGUCCACUUAAUGGUUCUUUGACCGACAGUCCUCCUGUGUCUCCUCCCGAAUCCGACGACAUUAAGCAAUUUUGCAGAGCGAACAAAAAUUCAUUGAACAGUGUAAAUUCUCAGUUCCGUUCAACGGCGGCAACUCCGGGACCUAUAACCGCUACAGCUACACAGUCCAAGACGGUGGGACGGUGGCUUAAGGACCGGAGAGAGAAAAAGAAAGAGGAGACUCGGGCUCAUAACGCUCAGAUUCACGCUGCUGUCUCUGUCGCCGGCGUUGCUGCAGCUGUUGCUGCUAUUGCAGCAGCCACCGCUGCGUCUUCUAGCUGUGGUAAGGAUGAGCAGAUGGCUAAAACUGACAUGGCCGUUGCUUCUGCUGCGACCCUUGUGGCUGCUCAGUGUGUGGAAGCUGCUGAAGUUAUGGGAGCUGAGAGAGAGUAUUUGGCUUCUGUUGUUAGCUCCGCCGUCAAUGUUCGUUCUGCCGGAGAUAUUAUGACUCUCACCGCCGGAGCAGCUACAGCUUUAAGAGGAGUGCAAACAUUGAAGGCAAGGGCAAUGAAGGAAGUGUGGAACAUAGCAUCAGUGAUACCAAUGGAUAAAGGACUCACUUCUACAGGAGGAAGCAGCAAUAAUGUUAAUGGUAGCAAUGGAAGCUCAAGCAGUAGUCACAGUGGUGAACUUGUACAACAGGAGAAUUUCUUGGGAACUUGUAGUAGAGAAUGGCUCGCUAGAGGUUGUGAACUCCUCAAACGCACUCGCAAAGGUGAUCUCCACUGGAAGAUAGUAUCUGUUUACAUCAACAAAAUGAAUCAGGUUAUGUUGAAGAUGAAGAGCAGGCAUGUUGGAGGAACCUUCACCAAGAAGAAAAAGAGUAAGUGAUUAUUUACUCUUUUUACAUACUAUAAGUAUAACACCACUUUAAACCCUGAAUAGUUUGGUUGGAGAUUUCUCUAAUUCCUUCCAAGACAUUUCAGAUGAUUCUUCUAAUGGGUUUAAAAACAAAGAAUGUUUCUUUAGUUUGAUAUUGAAAGCUUUACUUUUUGUCACUAUCUACUGUCAAUGAGUCAAUUAUAUGUGAACCUGGUAAAGAGAAUUCAAAACUUUGAGGUGGGUCUGCUUUAGAUAUGGGGAUUUGAGACGAGAAAAGGAAAAAAAAUUGAAAAAGCAAAAGUGUAUAUGUGACUAAAGUAACUAUAGGAUCAAAUCCCUUCAAUCUUUUACUUUUUGUCUUGCUUUUGAAUGUGAACUUGAAGAAGACUCUUCUAUUAAUUAUUUUACUAUCUUUCCAAUUUUGUUACAGACAUUGUGCUUGAUGUGAUCAAGAAUGUCCCGGCCUGGCCUGGACGACAUUUGCUAGAGGGAGGAGAUGAUCUAAGAUACUUCGGUUUGAAGACGGUUAUGCGAGGUGAUGUUGAAUUCGAGGUCAAGAGCCAAAGGGAAUAUGAAAUGUGGACACAAGGUGUCUCAAGGCUUCUUGUUCUUGCUGCUGAGAGGAAGUUUAGGAUGUGAAUAAACGUUCAAUGGCUGCUUGGUUUAAGUGUGAGUUUUUUUUUAACUUAUGUGGUCAAAUUUCAUUAGUAGGGGUUCUUUUAAGGUAAUGGUUUUUUGGGUUGGGUAUAGGAUAAAAUGGACCUACCAGUCAAGGUGAGGAAGCAUUUGGGUAAACAAAACUUAGUGGGGGUGAUCUGUAAUAUCUAUGUUCUUAGUUUUUUUUUGGUUGUUGGUGGUCUUUUUGUAUAAAAAAACAAAGUUGAAGUAAUAGAUAUAUAGUAUGUUUUAAUUUUAAAAUUGAUGGGUCCAAUUUCAAUAUUUUAUUGGGAACAACAUCAAAUAUGCUUCUUUUUUGUCCC